AUGACUGAACUAAAGACCUACAGAUUAGAAGAAAUUUCUAAGCAUAAGACUGCCAAAUCAACAUGGCUCGUUAUUCAUGAUGAAGUUUACGACGUGACCAAAUUUUUAGAAGAGCACCCUGGAGGUGAGGAAGUAUUAUUGGAACAAGCAGGUGGAGAAGCUACAGAAUCAUUUGAAGAUGUUGGCCACUCUACAGAUGCUAGAGAAUUAAUGAAAGAGUAUUUAAUAGGAAAAGUACAUGAGGUCAGUAAAUGCUCAUGUCACAUUACUAACACUGGAAUAAUUACACCUGAUACUAGUACAAGGUAUGUCUCCAGUUGGACUGGUUGGUUGUUACCUUUAGGAAUAGCAAUAACUGCUGCAUUGGUAUAUCGCUUUUUGCUAGCCCCAUCUGCAGCUCACUAA